CGUUUCGCCCGAGAUAUCGACGUUUUAGACACUCAAUUGGACGUCAAUAUCCGAAAUGUGUUGACACAGAUCUUUCGAGUCUUAUCGGCGUUAGUGGUGAUGGCUUUUGUGGUGCCGAUAGUACUAGUGUUUGUGCUUCCACUCGGACUCAUAUACCUGAUCGUACAGCGCCUAUACAUUCCCACAUCGCGACAAUUGAGGCGAAUAGAGUCGACCACUCGAUCGCCCAUUUAUUCAUAUUUCUCGGAAACACUUUCGGGUGCGACCAGUAUUAGGGCAUUCGGUUCGGGCGACCGGUUUGUGGAUGAGUUCAACAAAAAGAUUGACUUAAAUAACACGAGUUCUUUUGCGACAACUUUGGCCACUGCUUGGCUAUGUAUUCGACUCGAAUUUUUAGGCUAUUUAAUCAUAUUUAUCAAUGCCUUAUAUGCGGUCCUAAACCGACACACAUUAAGUGCCGGCGCCGUCGGCCUAACGAUGAGUUACGCGCUCACAAUAACUCGUGCCUUAAAUUACUUGAUUAUUGUGAUCACUAAUUUGGAGACCAAUAUUGUGUCCGUUGAACGUUGUCUUGAAUACACACGCAUUCCGGUUGAGGCAUUGCAACGCAAACCCGAGACCCGACCUGACGACGGGUGGCCACAGAAAGGUUGCAUCACUUUUGAGAAUUAUAGCACCAGAUAUAGGGAUGGAUUGGAUCUGGUCUUGAAAAAGAUAUCAUUGACUAUAAAUGGGGGGAAAAGAGUGGGAGUAGUCGGCAGAACAGGUGCCGGAAAGUCGUCGUUAACGUUAGCUCUGUUUCGACUGAUAGAGCCGGUCAAUGGACUCAUUGACAUCGACGGCAUAGACAUCAGUGCUAUAGGUUUGUAUGAUUUGCGAUCCCGUAUAACAAUCAUACCUCAAGAUCCGGUGCUCUUCACCGGUACUUUGAGAUACAAUUUGGAUCCGUUUGACACGUACUCAGACUCUGAGAUAUGGUCGGCACUAGAAUUGUCUCAUUUGAAGACAUUUGUUGAUUCAUUGGAUGCCGGACUCGACCACAUGCUGGCCGAAGGCGGCGAUAAUUUGAGUGUCGGUCAAAAGCAGUUGGUAUGUCUGUCGCGGGCGCUGUUACGCAAAUCCAAGAUCAUUGUGUUGGAUGAGGCGACCGCUGCCGUCGAUAUAGAAACCGAUGACUUGAUUCAGAGCACUAUAAGGACUGAGUUUAAUGAGUGCACUAUUGUUACGAUCGCUCACCGAUUGAAUACAAUUCUUGAUUACGAUAUGAUUGUUGUGUUGAAUAGAGGAGAAGUUGCGGAAUACGAUUCUCCCAAAGCUCUACUCGAAAAUACCGACUCUAUAUUUUACUCGAUGGCCAAGAGUUCAGGGCAUAUCUGA